AUGACAAAUGCAAUUCAUCACUUAUUUGAACAUCAAAAUCAAAAUGCUAGUACACGUUUAAUAAUUGGUUAUCCUGGUUUAAUAAAAAAAUCUUAUUCAAUUACUUGACAGUUCAAGGUUAUAUGUCUUAAUGAUAAUAAUGCACGUGUUAUACAUGUUUCAUUAAAUGCUUUACGAACAUUAUUACCUUUUUUAUUAAUUAAUAGUCAUGCAUUUACAAUCAUAAGAAUUGAAUUAUUAGAAGAUUCUAUUCAACAUAGUACAAGUUCCUAUAUUCUUGCUAAAUUUGCUCUAGAUCAACUUAUAGAUAAUAUUGAUUUUCGAAUAUUAACUUAUUUUGAAGAAGAACAAUUAAAACAACAGUAUUCUGAUAUACGUAUUGGAUGUUUAGAAGGUAUUUAUGCUAUUUCAAAUGUUUUAGGACCAACAACAAUUCGACCAUUUUUUUCAUAA